AUGUCAUUUGGCCCCACUAAUUUAACACAGUUUCCAGCUAUGUUAGCAACCGCACAAACUGGAGGUCCGACCGCGUUUGUUGCAAUUAACAACAUGUUUCCUGCCUCUCCAUCUUCGUUGCCAAAUUCUCCAGGAACAAUAUUGUCAAUGCCAACAAAUAUGAUGCCUUCAAAUAUUAGUUCAACGCAAACGUUAAACCCAGGAUCAUUUCUACUGCCACCUAGUAACUUCCCUCCAAAUCCGGCAAACCUUACAUGUACAGUUCCGCUUUCGAGUCCACCACAACUUCAGACACCGAUUCUUCCAUUCUUCGCACCUACUUCUGGUAAUCUUAUGUCAUCCAACUCUUCAUCUCUAUCUAUGCCAUCACCAUUCGGUACUCCCAUGUCUCAUUUUGUUCAUCCAGGACAUAGUAAUUCACUUUCCACGUUUUCUUCAUCUGUGUCUACAUCUGGGAACCCAUCUACACUGCCUGUACCUUUAUUUCCAUCUAAUAAUCAGAUAUCAUCUGGCAUCUUGUCUUCUCAACCAAUGAUGCUACCUACACUUCCUGUAGCAUUUAGUAAUCAAGCUCAAACGAACUCUGUCAGUGUCUUACCUAUUCCCAUAGGAAUACCUCAAUCCCUGCCAUCUAACUCAAUAACGGAGACAACAAAUUCUUUUCUCGUAUCAUCCUCCAACUAUACAACACCAAUUUACACAGCAACCUUAUUUCCUUUAAAUAAUCCUACUAUUUUACCGAUGACAACAGUUGCCACUCUGUCUUCCAAUCCAAAUGCAACCACUUAUCUCCCAUCAGUCAAUGGUGAUCAUGCUUCGACAUUAUCGUUCAGAAAUGAAAAACCUCUUGUUUCAGUCCCUCCAAAAGUUGGUAAUGUUAGAAAUCUACAGGCUUUAGAAGCAGUUGACUUUCAUCGAGAUGCCAUUUUGGAUGCUAUUGAUAAGUUGCGUGAACGAAAAGCUCGACCUGAUUUUGAACGUAUCUCUUGUCUCUUAAAAAGACAUCAAAACAUAAAUUCAGAACAAACUCAUUUAUGCCUUCAACGUCUUGCUGAUGCUGGAGCAGUUGUAUGCGUCGAUUACAAAGGUAAUUUAAGCUAUCGGAAUCCAUCAAAAUGGCGUAAAACGGCAGCGACUUCCGGUACUGGUAAUACUAAUUUGCCUAGUGUAAGUCAUAAACUAGUUGAUGCUAUUCGUAGUCUCAUGGAAAGUAAUUUGUCAAGUCAAUCAACACAGUCAUGUACUAAUUUAAUCCCAUUUUCACAACCAGGACCAAAUGGUGGUUACAGUCUUUUUCAAGUUGAACGAGCUUUACAAUUUUUAAGUGAUUUAAAUGGUUCACCUAAAUCAAUACCGGAGUUAACCGGAGCAACUCUUCGUGUCUGUCUCGAUCGUGAAGCUACUCAUGGGAAACUGGCUAAAACAUCAGAUGGACGUUAUAUAUUAGACGAGACAGGAGAACAUAAAAAGGCCUAUAUGAAUAAUAGUAAUAUGCAUACACCACUAUUGUCUAAUAAAAAGCUACUUCCACCAAAUACUUCAUCCGGUGCUUACCAAACCUCCAAUGGAUCAUGCACUAAAGUGACUAGCAAAUCCGGACCAACUGACCGUAAUAUUACACCUACACGACUUCAUCCUCUAGCAGCUAAACAAACUCCUAAUACCACUAAUGGAAAACCUGUAAAUUUAUCGCUUACACCUAAUUUUUCAAUGCCUCCAUUGAGUUCCGGUAGAAGGGGACGUCCGCCGGGUUCAAAAGCUAAGAAAAUUUCUAGUGAGAUAAGUUCAUGUGAAAAAAAAAUAAGAGUUGAAAAUUCUUCGACUGCAUACGGAAACACAACUAUUCCAGGUGGAGUAGAUUCCAAUACAUGUAAUGGAUUAAAUAAUUCUUCCUUAUAUAUAUCUGAUACAAAUUCAAGUAACCUAGUUCCAACAUCAUGUUUUACUUCGCAUACAACAAAUGAACUUCCAUUCUCUUCAACAAUUUCAGUUCUACCUUCUAGUUCUUUUAUCACUGUAAUUGCUUCUUCCAGCAGUAAUUGUCCAAAUAUCUUACCUGGAACUAUUCUACCUACCCAUUUUUCUGCAGCAUCAAGUAUACCUAUCGAUUCUUCUCUUAUGACGACUAUUUCAUCUCCGUUUUUGUCUUUUCCAUUAUCUCAAAGCUUAUCGUUACCACCGUUGUUUUCUAAUACAUCGAAUUUAUCGCAUGAUUUUACCAAUCCUCAGUUAACUAUGCCUUUAAAACCUGAUAAUGUAUUAACACCUGAUUCAUUCAUGUCUGACACGAACUGUGAUACAGUCGACAAACAGGAAGAGAAAGAUGGUCCUAUUUGUUAUUGUUGUGGUGGUCCACCAACAUGUGAAGAAGCCUUUCUUUUAUGUAAGGACUGUGGCCUUAACGCUCACCCAACCUGUUUAGAUUAUUGGCCAGAAUUAACAGAACGUGCACGUCAAUCUCCAUGGCAGUGUUCAGAUUGUAAAACUUGUACAGUUUGUAAUAGUAGUGAAUACAAAAGUGACUUAAUUAUCUGUGAUGCAUGUGACAAAGGCUUUCAUAUUGAGUGUCAUCGACCGAAGCUUGAAGAGUCUAUAGAUCGUAGUCUUCCUUGGGUUUGUGCAAAUUGUCAGGAUGAAGGUUAUCGUGUAGCUAUUGGUACACUACCAUCUAGUAUUAAUAAUCAAAAUUAUUUGUCACCUAACAAAACUGAAGAAUGUAAUGAUGAUCUUAUGAAAACCCCGUUGAAAGAAAUUAAUUCGUCUUAUGAAUAUAUUAAAACUGAAUCAAAACAGGAAAUAGAUGAGUCCGGUAUGGAAGAAAAUGUUAUUAAAUCUGUUGAAUCUUCACCACAUUCCACAGUUGGCCAGAAUUUCACAACGACUACUUCCACUACAAUUUGUAAAGAAAAUUUUCCAGCGGAUAUAAAUUCCACAGAUCAUUCGUCGAUUGCAUUGACACCAACUAAAAGUUGUUAUUCUACAUCGCCUAAAUUAAAUGAAUCAAAUAAUAGUAAUAAUAAUAGUACUACUAUUUCUACAAAUAAUAAUAAUAGUACUACAUGUGAAAUAAAUUCUGUCCAGUUAGAUAGCGAUUGUCUGCAUGAAAACAAAUCUUCUAUAUCAAUACAAGAUGCUGCAGACAAUGACAAUAAAACAUCACCAAUUUUGUCUAAUUCUACAUCAGAUCUUCAUCUUAAAUCAUGUUUAGAAGAUAAUAAUAAUAAUAACACUAGCAAUAUUAAAGAAAUUAAAAAUGAAAUUGAAAAUACUAGUGAAUCGAAUAUAAUUAUAAAUGGUGAAAAUCAAGAAAUAUCAUCAAAUACUAAUCGUCCAACAGAUGUAAGUAUGUGGUCAGUUGAUCAUGUUCAACAAUGGUUAUUAGAAGAAGGCUUUCCACGUGAAGCUGAAGCAUUUUAUCAACAAGAAAUUGAUGGUACUUGUUUGUUAUUAAUGAAGCGUAUGGAUGUGCUAACGGAACUUGGGAUUAAAUUAGGUCCAGCAGUUAAGAUUUAUGAAAGAAUAAAACGUUUUCAAUCACAAUGUGGUUCACCAACCUAG